AUGAGGCUUCGCUUAUGUCGCCUCGAGGAUCAUAUUCUUGAGGUUCCAUGUGCAAACGCAGAGUUUGGUUGCCCCACAAAUGUGACAUGUUUUAAAAUGCAAAGCCAUUUGCAUCAGUGCGAAUACAGCAGUGCAUUGGAAGGGCGUUGUGUCUGCCCAUUUAGCGGCUGCAACUUCAUUGGAACAUACCGUAAAUUGUACGAUCACGCCAGCAGUGCUCAUUCUGACGAGUUGCAGAUGAUUGAAUGUGGAGAAACAAUGCCUAUAAGCUUUGCUAAUCAUCAGAGGGUAGUUCUCAAGGAACAAAGUAGGGGAGGAGGAGAACUUAUUGUUGUGGAUCGUCUCAUCCAGCCACAUGGUGCACAUUUCAAUGUAAGAUGUAUUUCGCCUAACGUUCCUGGAAUGGGAAACUUCUCCUGGAAGCUGACGGUGAAUACUAUGGAGUUCCCUCGAAGUUUGUUUUCUGACGAAACGAGGCCAGAUCCUUCAAAUUCUAUAAAUUACAGCUCUACUUUCAAGACCGUGAAAGCAGUAAAAGAUGUAGUUAAUGCUGACGUGUGGGAGUAUGUUGAGAACUAUCCACUAGGGGUAAUUAUCAAGUACGUGAAUCUGAAGUUCGCAUGGACCACAAUAUUGGUUCAUUACAUUCUGUCUAGACAACUCUAUUGCAAAAUACGACAUGAGCUUUGGUUUUUGAUAGAAGAACAACCUGCCCUUUUCUUGCUAUUUGAGUUUGAAGAUAUCACAGGUUUAAACUGUGAUCCAAUACCUGAUGCAAUGGUAGUGGAAGAUGUUGAGGAAAGUAAUCUUUUUUGGGCGCUGUUUAAACUGAGACGCCCCCGUUCAACCCCAAGCGCUGAGGACAUACUUGAACUUUGUCGAUCUCCUGAUGUUUGCAGAUCCUGGUCCAGGGAAGACCAGAUUAGGCUGUGUUAUUUGGCCAUCUUGACAGGCGGUUUACUUGCCCUUGAUCGAAGAGAAGCUAUCCCUCCUGCUAAAGCGAAGCUGCUUAUGGAUUUGGAGACUUUCGAGCAGUAUCCCUGGGGAAGAGUGGCUUUUGUUGAACUUGUCCAUCAGAUUAAGACCGCAACAGAAAGUGGUAAGAUUAAGAAUUCCAGUUAUGUCUGCAAGGGGUUCGUGCAAGUAAUUCAGGUCUGGGCGUACGCUUAUAUACCCUGUGUUGGAGAAGCAAUUGGUCGUCCUAUCAGUUCACAUGGUAUAUUGUUACUGAGGUUCAAAGGCAAGGGUGGAAAGCUCUCCUUGAAUGAUACAUUUAAUAAAGCGAAGGUAACUUAUGAGGAUCCUGAGAUUGACAAUCUUUUGGAGUUCCUUCGCCAACACAAAUCCUUGAGUACCAUUACUUGGCAAGCCUUGCCGGUUUACCCAUUCACACCGGUUAAAUGUAACAAGCGUGUUGCAAGCCAAAUAAAAUCGAAAAAAUCAAAGAAGGUGGCAAGCAGCGAGCAAGAGAACACAGCAGAUGGAGGUGAAAUAUCCUCUGAUAUUGCAGGAAAAAAAGACCAAGUAGAAAGCGAUGAUGAAGGACGAGAAUACAUUAUACAACGGAGGCAGACCCCAAGACAUGACUUUCAAAAGUCGCCCACGAAUUACAGUAUUCAGCAGUUGUCUAGAAGAGUAGGGGCAAUCGAAAGUUGCUAUGGACCGCUCUUUGCAAUGCUUCAAUCUGUGGGUGGUUUUACCUUAGAUAAUCUAGAAUCUCGAAUCGCUCAGCUGGAAGAAUUUCAUCAAGUCAAAACACUCGCACACGAUCGGUUUUCUAACACAAAGCUGCCAGCAAAACCAGCAAUAUUAGAAGACAGCAUAGGAGAGCCUUCAGUACAAGGAAUUGGUGGACCCCAGGACCCGGGUAAAGAAGAAGAGAAACAAGAAAACAAACCAGUCGAGGAAGUUCACCCAGACGAGAAGCCAGGAGCAGACAUAGACGAGGAACUGGCAUUUGAGGGCAAAGGAAUAGAGAAUGCAGGAGAAGACAUAACAGAUGGAAUCUUCCAGAAUAUAAAUCAAUCUUACUCCCCGGAGGAAGCUGAGCCUUCAAAGAAACAGGAUCAACGCUUGUUAACUCCAAAGGUUGAAGCGACUUCAGAGUCCAAAAAGGAACCAGAUUAUGAAAGGCCUAUUUCAGUAUCGUCAGAGUCACUCAAAUUAUUAACUUACCCACAAACAGUAAAGGAAGUUCUCACAGACGAUAAUGCAGGAACUUGCAUAGACGAAGAACUGGCAUUUGAGGCCGAAGGAAUAGAUAAUGCAGGAGAAGACAUGUUAGAUAGACUCUUGCAGGAUAUACAUCAAGGAUUAUCUUACUCCCUGGAGGAAGCUGAGCCUUCAAAGAAACAAGAUCAACGCUUAUAUACGAAGAAGAGUUACACGUUAACGGAACGGGAGGACGUAGUAUAUGGUCCACCUGCAGAUUCAGAUCGUACAAAGCUAGUCAAUUUUAUGUGUAAGAGUGAUUCCAUUUAUCCAAUUGGCUCGGAAAUAAGUGCCAGUAAGUUCUUCGAGCACAUGGACGCAUUAAUAUUUCAUCAACAGCCAAGUAUGUUCCCAUCUCAAAGGAUUGCUAUUUUGGACGUAGCGUUCCAGAUGGUGUGGGUACAUAAGUACGAUAUCUGGAAAGCAAAUGAAUUUCUCCCUGGUGGGAGCUUUCACUACUACUACGGACUUGCUCCAGAAUAUUGUCAAACAAACAUGUGGUGGGGGGAAGAUGUGGAUACGCUCUUCUCCUGUCUUAAUGUGUUUGAUAACACUCAUUGGGUAGCCAUGGUAAUUUCCAUUCCAAAUCGAACUAUCAAACUCUAUGAUAGUGGGAAGUGUACGAAAGGAGAUGCUGCGAUAAAGAAAGAGGCGGAGCCGUUUGCCUACAUGAUUCCCUAUGCGUUAUGGUUUUACGCAAAAGAAGAAAACAAGCAAUCAAUGGAUCGUACUAAAUUUAAAAUCGAAUUUAUGCGGAUCAAUACGGAUGACAAUAUGGCCGUAGUGAGGAUGAAACUCGCUGUGGAGAUGUAUUUAGCAACAACAAAAGCAGGCUACAAUCUGUGGGAUACCUCAUUUCUAACAGAUGUCAUUGAUGGUCAUCUUAACUAG